AUAUGAUGUAUACUGCAGCUGCCAUUGUCGUAUUGGUUGUCUUUAUUAUUCGACAAUUAUUUUUUUGACGUGCUCCUGGUUGUGGUUGGCCACAUUCAGCCAUGAAACUCUGUCACAGGCCAAUAAAGAAAACCCCAGGAGCGGCUGCCGCGUGUACUGCACUCUCCUCUGCAGCGGCCUGAAACAUGAGGCUCGGCGGGAGGAGACCGAGAUGGCGGCGGUGGCGGGGCCGUGCUGUGGGCUGCCUCCCUCGCCAGAGGAAACGAGACAUUACACACACAGACAGCGCAAGGAAAGGGGGAGGGGAGGGCGACUCUCGCCUCAUACUCCCGGCGGGAGAGCUGUACAAGCUUCACUGCACGACUGCCCCCCCGCUGCCGGUCAUGUGACCUUAACGUAACCGGACAGGAAAGCACCGACAGUUUUUUUUCUCCCCCCCUCUAUUACCGCCCGCCUCUCGGAGAGGAGCACUAGACGCCGGAGGAGGAGGAGGCACCGAGCACGGGCUCUGGGAUCCGCACGACAGGCACAGCAGAGGCUCCAUUGAGGAAGAUGGAUUUGGCCAACCACGGGCUUAUACUUCUGCAGCAGUUAAAUGCCCAGAGAGAGUUUGGAUUUCUGUGUGACUGCACUGUUGCCAUUGGUGAUGUCUACUUUAAGGCACACAAAUCUGUCCUUGCUUCUUUUUCCAACUAUUUCAAGAUGCUCUUUGUACACCAGACAAGUGAAUGUGUUCGCUUGAAAUCAACGGACAUCCAGCCAGACAUCUUCAGUUACCUCUUACACUUGAUGUAUACCGGAAAAAUGGCACCUCAACUCAUUGAUCCUGUACGCCUCGAACAGGGCAUAAAAUUUUUGCAUGCCUUUCCUUUAAUUCAGGAGGCCAGUAUUGCAAGUCAUGGUGGGUUUUCUCACCCAGAUCAGGUUUUUCCCCUUGCAUCUUCCCUUUAUGGAAUUCAGAUAGCAGAUCAUCAGAUAAGACCUCCAGCAAAAGUUACCACUGCAUCUGAGAAAAGUAACCGUGAGACUCGAGCACAAACCACCAAAAUGAAUCAGGAUACAUCAUCAGAUGGGCCAUUAUCUCAGCUCCCGUCAUCACUGCCUGCAGCAAAUCGGACAAACUUAACAUUCUCUGAGACAGUACAAGCGCCUUUGUCUCCAGAGCCAGCAUCUUCUGUACUUCCUGCAGCGUCUACUCUGGAGGAAAACAGCAUGGAAGAGUCACCAAGUGAAGAACAAAACACAUCCCUCACCAUUGCUCACGUGAAGCCAAGCAUCAUGAAGAGGAAUGGAAGUUUCCCCAAGUAUUAUGCUUGUCAUUUGUGUGGCAGGCGCUUUAAUUUGAGAAGCAGCCUGCGUGAACAUCUCCAGCUUCACACAGGAAUUCCUUUUAGCACCUCUACUGGGCAGAACGAAACCAGCAUUUCACCUUCCUUCUGCAACAGUGGAUCUGAAAUGGGAAAAGAAUCAAUGGAACCUGCUGAGACUGGCAUGAUCAGUGACAGCGAAAUGCCACAGAUCUCAGAUUCUCCAAUCAUUGAUGGGCAACAGCAAGCAGAGACACCACCUCCUACAGAUAUUGCAGAUAUAGAUAAUUUGGAACAAGCGGAUCAGGAACGAGAGGUCAAACGUAGAAAGUAUGAGUGCACCAUUUGUGGUCGUAAGUUUAUCCAGAAAAGCCAUUGGCGGGAGCAUAUGUACAUCCACACAGGCAAGCCAUUCAAAUGCAGCACCUGCGAUAAGAGCUUUUGCAGAGCAAAUCAAGCUGCGAGGCACGUGUGUCUUAAGAGCUCUGACACCUACACGGUGGUGGAUAAGCAGACUCUAGAGCUAUGUUCCUUUGAUGACAGUAGCCAAAUGGACAACAUGUUAGUUAGUGCGAAUAAGCGAUACAAGUGUAACUUGUGUGACAAAACAUUUUCCACACCCAAUGAGGUGGUCAAACAUACGUGCCAAGGCCAAAAUUCGGACGUGUUCGCUCUUGAAGAUGAAGGGAAGUCCAUCCUGUUAAGUAGUGGGGACUCGGAAGUGGCAGAAAAUGAGCACUCUAUGCUAACGACCAUUAAAAAAGAGCAAGAAACUGUACUAGAUUAGUUUUCAUGGCAGUGUAUAUUCUUGAUUUCCUACAUUUUAUAAAUAUAUAUAUAUAUUUUUUUUUUUUACCUUGAGCAUCUUUCAUUUCUGUUUCUUCCGUCCCUUCUACCCUUGUUCUGCAGUUGGUUAUAAUUCAAACCCUGAGAUUUUUUAUUUUUCCUCUCUCCCUCCUAAGGAACUGGAACAGUGUAAUGGCCUCCCUAAUAUCGGUAGAACUACUGAAGUUUAGAAGAAAUGUGUUUUGUAGAUGAAACAUGUUUGAAAUGUAUUUGUGGAUAUUGGGGGAGCAAGUAUUUUUGGCUUAGAGAAAUUUAAAUAAAUCUAAAUGCAUAUACACAUUUAAUAUAUCAUGUUUGUCUUCCUCCGUACAUGUCCUUGACUACGUCAUGUUGGACAAGCAGUGACUGACACACUAUAUGUAAAUGGAGGAUCGAUUGGAAAUCAUGGAGAGAAUUUGAAUGAUUUUUUUUUUUGGCCAAUCUCUCUUUUUAGAUUAUUAUAUACAGUUGUUCAGCCCAUUUGGUGUUUUAAUAACUUUAUUUUCUAGUUUUUCUUUUAUAGUAACUAAUCUGUUGGAAGUCACUCUUAAAUAGGACUACAUAGAAUAUCAUUUUUUUUCCGCUGUCUUCAGAUCACAAUGGUCAUUGUACAUGGUAUAGUCGAAGCAUAUGGCGGGCUUGUUUAAAAAUGUCCAGUAUGUAGUUAACAGAAUGAGUCACCAAAAGCCACUUAAAAGUAGAUCCUGAAUUGCCAAUAAUAAGAAAAAUAGUUGCCAUACAUGAGGCAAAUUUUUUCUGUAAUUCCCUUUGGACUACUUAAUAAUUUCCACAUUCUUUGAUAUAUUAUGAAAUUCAGAUUGGAACCUGCUGUGCCUUACCUCUUAUGUAAGUGAUAAUUUCCCAGACGUACUUUCAGUGCAACUUUAAUUUAUACCCGAAUUAAGGUAGUCUUAGUCAUUUCGGUAAUGCCAGAAGUUAUUUUUUGAUCCCAGGUGAUUCAACUCUAUGGCAGGCAAGGAUGGCCCUUUAUGCAUUUCUAUUUUCAGGCAAAUGCUGUUUUUGUUUUUUGUAGAUCAAAUGGUUAAAAGAAUCUGGUUUCAUUUUAUUUUUUUUCCCCAUACUACCCCUAUAUUUUUAUUUUAUUUUUUUAAGCAUCCUGAGCCUUUGUAUAGAUAUUAUUUUUACAUUUUUCAUUUGUUUUUAGUUCUUUACGUAGCAAUUCUAGAAAUCAUUUCGGUUAACCUGUUGGUUCAAUAAACUUUAUUUUCUUCAAAAUAAAGCAAUUUUUU